GUUGGUGGUUACAGUUGUCUGAUCGUGUUCAGGAAGUUUGUCAGUACUGCAGGUGUAACAUGAUCAGAUGCGUUCAAGUGUCAAGUUCUUAUGUAGUCAGCUCUUCCCUUCCACAGGUGAGCGCGACUUCACGCGCAGGCCUCGUGCUUCCUGUCUGUCUGUGUCCUGUAUAGCGCUACUACUGCUCAGAGCUGAUGUGCUGCGCUUUAGGGAUUAGCAGGAUUUGACAUUGCGGGAUUAACGGAAUCUCCACCUCGACUCAAACACCAAUACACUCCAAGUCGGUGCUGAAACGGACCUUUAUUCUUCGCACUGCCUUCCAAGGCUUAACAGAUAUGAGUCGGUUUCGCUCCCUGGCCUCUCUCAGAGGUCUGUGGAUGAAGGGUCGAAUGGUGGACCCUCACCGAUGCUGCUCCUCUGGAACUCCCCUCAGUACUAGCUAUGUGGAAGAGAUGUACUACGCCUGGCUCGAGGACCACAAAAACGUUCAUGAGUCUUGGGAUGCCUAUUUCCGGAAUGCCCAGGCCAACAUUCCAGGUAGAGAAGCAGGAGAGAGGCGCCCAUCUGCUCUUCUCCAGGGUCGAGCCAUGUCCCAGACUCCUGCAAUGUCUCAGAAAGUGGUGGAGGAUCAUCUAGCUGUCUACAACCUUAUCAGAGCCUACCAGAUCCGUGGCCAUCAUGUGGCUCAACUCGAUCCUCUUGGCAUCCUCACAGCCGACAUUGAUUCAUUUGUCCCCUCAGAUUUGAUAACAACACUUGACAAACUUGGCUUCUAUAGCUUGGAUGAAUCUGAUCUAGACAAGACCUUCCAGUUACCAUCGACAACAUUUAUUGGCGGUCAGGAGGCUGUACUUCCACUCAGGGAAAUCAUUCAAAGACUUGAGGCAUCAUACUGUGGCCAUAUUGGUGUGGAAUUCAUGUUUAUUAACAAUAUGGAGCAAUGUCAAUGGAUCAGGCAAAAGUUUGAGACACCAGGCAUCAUGAAAUUUACUGACAGAGAGAAGAGGACCUUAUUGGCAAGGCUGGUGCGCUCAACACGUUUUGAGGACUUUCUGGCUCGCAAAUGGUCUUCAGAGAAGCGCUUUGGCUUGGAGGGCUGUGAGGUCCUCAUCCCUGCUCUGAAGAUGAUCAUCGACAAGUCUAGUGCAGCUGGCAUAGACAGUGUAAUCAUGGGCAUGCCUCACAGGGGUCGACUGAAUGUCCUGGCCAAUGUUGUCAGGAAAGAUCUCGAUCAGAUUUUUUGCCAAUUUGAUCCCAAACUAGAGGCUGCAGAAGAGGGCUCAGGAGAUGUGAAGUAUCAUCUUGGUAUGUACCAUGAGCGGAUCAACAGGGAAACGGAUAAGAACAUCACUCUGUCUCUUAUGGCUAACCCGUCUCACCUAGAGGCAGUGGACCCUGUAGUGCAGGGCAAAACUAAAGCUGAACAGUUCUACAGAGGAGACAAUGAAGGGAAGAAGGCGAUGUCCAUUCUCCUGCAUGGUGACGCUGCAUUUGCUGGUCAAGGCGUUGUAUAUGAAACCUUCCACCUCAGUGAGCUUCCCUCAUAUACCACUCAUGGCACCAUUCACGUUGUUGUCAACAACCAGAUUGGCUUCACCACUGAUCCUCGAAUGGCGCGCUCCUCUCCUUACCCCACCGAUGUGGCUCGUGUAGUCAACGCACCUAUUUUCCAUGUGAACGCUGAUGAUCCUGAGGCUGUGAUGCAUGUGUGCAGAGUUGCUGCAGAAUGGAGAAAUACCUUUAACAAGGAUGUGGUCAUAGAUCUGGUUUGUUACCGGCGCUUUGGCCACAAUGAAAUGGAUGAACCCAUGUUCACUCAACCUCUCAUGUACAAGCAAAUCCACAAGCAGGAGCAUGUGCUAAAGAAAUAUGCAGACAAGCUCAUUUCUGAAGGAGUCGUUACUCUGCAGGAGUUUGAGGAGGAAGUGGCUAAGUAUGACAAAAUUUGUGAAGAAGCAUACACCAGCUCCAAAGAUGAAAAGAUACUCCACAUCCGUCACUGGCUGGACUCACCCUGGCCAAAUUUCUUCACAGAUGAAGGGGAACCGAAGUGUAUGAGCUAUUCUCCCACAGGGCUCCCUGAGGAUGUCCUGAAGCACAUCGGCCAGGCUGCCAGCUCUGUCCCUCAGCAAGACUUCUCCAUUCACAGUGGAGUGUCGAGGAUCUUGCGAGGCCGCGCCGACAUGGUUAGUAAGCGUACCGUGGACUGGGCUCUUGGGGAGUACAUGGCCUUUGGUUCCCUGCUGAAGGAUGGUGUCCAUGUGAGACUGAGUGGGCAAGAUGUGGAGAGAGGAACCUUCAGUCAUCGUCAUCAUGUCCUACAUGACCAGGAAGUGGAUAAGCGCAUUUGUGUUCCAAUGAACCAUCUAUGGCAGAACCAAGCUCCUUACACAGUGUGCAACAGCUCCCUGUCUGAAUAUGGAGUUUUAGGUUUUGAGCUGGGUUUUGCUAUGGCCAGUCCCAAUGCCCUUGUGUGCUGGGAGGCUCAGUUUGGGGAUUUCCACAACACGGCACAGUGCAUCAUAGACCAGUUCAUUAGUCCGGGCCAGGCCAAGUGGGUCCGAAACAAUGGCAUUGUCCUUCUGCUACCCCAUGGCAUGGAGGGAAUGGGCCCAGAGCACUCAUCAGCAAGGCCUGAGCGUUUCUUGCAGAUGAGCAAGGAUGACCCUGAUCGCUAUCCGGAAUUCACUGGAGACUUUGAGGUCCAACAGCUUUAUGACUGUAACUGGAUCGUGGUCAACUGCUCAACACCUGCCAACUACUUUCAUGUCCUGAGAAGGCAGAUCCUAUUACCAUUCAGAAAGCCACUAAUUAUUUUCACUCCCAAGUCCUUACUGAGACUCCCUGAGGCCCGCUCCAGCUUUGAUGAGAUGACCCCAGGAACUAAGUUCAAAAGAAUCAUACCAGAUGAGGGUCCUGCAUCUAAAAUCCCAGGGGCUGUGAAGAGGGUCAUCUUCUGCACAGGCAAAGUCUACUAUGAGCUAGAAAAAGAGAGAAAACAACUCGUUCUGGAGGACAGGAUUGCAAUUGUCCGAAUGGAGCAGAUAUCACCAUUUCCGUUUGACCUUAUCAAGAAAGAAGUUGAGAUGUACAGCAAUGCUGAGCUCAUAUGGUGUCAAGAAGAGCAUAAGAACAUGGGUUAUUAUGACUACAUAAGACCACGUUUCCUUAGUGUGCUCUCCAACAAGAAACCAAUAUGGUACAUUGGUCGUGACCCUGCUGCAGCCCCUGCCACAGGAAACAGAUUCACACACCUGGCAGAGCUGAAGAAGUUCAUGACCACUGCAUUUGACCUCAAUGCAUUUGAGGGCAAGAGCUUUUAAUGCUAAUUAAC